AAUAGAAGUUCCAUGAUGGCUGAGUUUGCACUAGAAAAAGUAGAAUUACAUACUGACGUGUACAUGGUAUGCCUCCAACAUGCUUUAUCAACAGAAAGUUUUGAAGUAAUGGGUCUCUUGAUUGGAAAUACAGAACAUGGGGUUGCAAAAAUUGUUGCUGUUAUUAUUUUACGACGCUUGGAUAAAAAGAAGGAUAGGGUAGAGAUUUCAUCUGAACAAUUACUGAAAGCUGUUGCUGAAGUAGAUCGAUUGACAGAGAAAUUAAACUAUACUGUGCGCGUUCUAGGGUGGUAUCAUUCACAUCCACACAUCACAGUCUGUCCAUCACAUGUUGAUGUUAGGACUCAAGCAACCUAUCAAACAAUGGACAAUGUUUUUGUGGGUUUAAUAUUUUCAGUAUUUUCGGAAAUCAAGGAUUCUAAGGAACAAGAAAUCUUUUUAACAUGUUUCCAAUCGCAUAAUGGCGAAGCAAAAGAAAUUCCAUUAGAAAUUGUUCAUACACCAGUAAUAUCGGACAGGUGUUUAAAGACAAUGACAGAGUUGCCAAAAAUUUUGGUUCAAGAAGAAGAAGAAAUGGCAGAAACAUGUAAAGACAACCGGGACAUUCUUGCAAGUAUACAUAAUAAUGCCGUAAGGACUCGGACGUUGGUACACAUAACAGAUAUAAUUACCAAACCAUUGGUAUCAACAUUCGAGAAGAGAAUAGCUUUAAAUAAAUUACGCGCCGCUCAUCUUCGAAGACAGUUACAGGAGUUGCAAAAAGUUUGCAAUGGAUGA